UGGAAGCAAGUCAGUCGCAGACUGGAGGGCUUUGAGAACAGGGGACGGAACGAACGAACUCUAUCUGUCUAUAACUAUAAUCGCUUGUUACACGUCAGUCCGAUUGUCCGUCCCACGACCCAGUGAAUAUCCCCGUAGUUAGUCCUCACGUCCUUCGUAUUUUUUUUUCUUUUUUUUCCGUUACCUUUGGUUCGUUUCGUUUGUUCGUUUGUUCUGUUUUAUUGUGUUUCGGUUUACAUUCGGUGUACGUACAUUAAGAACAAAUGCAACGAAAAAACCUGACACCGAUUGGCAUUUGAUCGAGUAAUAAAUACGAUAACCGAAGAAGAAGAAACUAAAAAAGUUCAUCUACACGAGUAAUUUACUUCAAUAAUCCGUUGUGACUACUGUGCGCGGGUUGGUUUUUGUGCUUCCUUUGAGACAAGAGUGAACGAGCCAUUUGAAUUCGAUUGAUUUUUUUAUUUCUUUUAAAACAUCAAGGUCCGGUUUGUGAUUGGAACGUGUAGGCUAAAAGAGCCUCGAACUGAUGGUCAAUAUGUGGCCACCCAACGCAAGGUUUCUGAUCUACGAAAGGCCCUGAUAAUAAUUGAAGAUCGAUUCCUGCAGAAUAAGCGGAUCUCUUCGUACUUUCAUUAUAGUUAUUGUUAUUUUACGUAACGUUAAUACCAUAUAGCUAAAAUAUAUUAAAAAAAGAAGCUGUAGACUGUUUAUCAGUGAUAGUGUUUAAGUGUAGCGUGAAAGGUGCGAGAUUAUUGUGAAGUUUGAUACGAUAUUAUAUUAUCGUUUGUAAAACGAACUGCGAAGUGACUUUUUUAUACCAUCUACAAUAAUAAUAGAAUAAUUAUUUAUUACUCUCCGUUGCAAUGUCCGCCUACGCACAUCAGUUCGGAUAUUCAUAUCCGUCGGCAUCUCAGCUUCUGGUAAGCGGUGGUCAACCGACGACGGCGACAUCGCCGGCGAUGUCGUCGGGAGGUGCGUUAAGUCCUGGAGCAUUAUCUCCGUCGUCAACGGCAACGACAACGACCGGUGCCGCACCCGGUACAACGGGGGGAGCGACAACGCCGGUCGGUGGUUCUACGGGCGCAAGUACGGGGUGUUGUGAGAACGGAAGACCGAUGAUGACGGACCCCGUCACGGGACAGACAGUAUGUUCUUGUCAAUAUGACAGCGCGGCGAGGAUCGCACUGGGUGCUUAUCCCAGGCUAGCUCCCACCGCGACGUCUUAUUCCUCCUAUCCAACCCCCACACCGUCUACCACCGAUCAAGGACCUUAUCCGAGCAUCGGUAUGGACAGCUCUGCCUUCUACUCGCCACUGGGUAACCCCUACGGACUGAAGGACGCAACGGGGAUGGGGAUGACGGCGGACAUGGGCACCGCCUGGGGUACCGCAGCUCUCCAACCCGCGGCCACAGGAUAUUAUCCCUACGAUCCCACUCUUGCCGCUUACGGAAUCUCGUUUAGCCUGGAUCAGCCUGGGUCAACGUGGUCGUGUAUUUGCAGGUACGGUGCGGGCUACGAUUUGGCGGCGAGGCGUAAAAAUGCGACGAGAGAAUCAACGGCCACGUUAAAGGCGUGGCUAAACGAACACAAGAAGAAUCCCUAUCCGACCAAAGGUGAAAAAAUAAUGCUCGCCAUCAUCACCAAGAUGACGCUUACCCAGGUAUCCACGUGGUUCGCAAACGCCAGAAGACGACUGAAGAAGGAGAAUAAAAUGACGUGGGAACCGAAGAAUAAAACGGACGACGACGACGACGCCGUUCUCUCCGACUCCGAGGAUAACAAGGAGAAGGACGAACUCGCGGGCGACAACAGCAGGGGCGACAGGGUCGGCGAAGACGCGAGACGAGGGCUCGACGAUGCCGAACCGAUGAGACACGUGAAAGCCGAACACCUCCAGCACGACAAAGAUCUCGAUGACGACGACGACCUCGACCUGGAAGACGAUCACCGAAGAGUCGAGCAUCCCUUUCAUCAUUCUAUGCAACCCCAUCACCACCAUCAUCAAGGUUACGUGGGGGACGACCACCUCAAGGACGAGGUCAUAAAGUCGGACUGCGGCGGGGGCGGCGUACCGAUACCCGCCACGAAACCAAAGAUUUGGUCAUUGGCGGACACCGCGGCCUGCAAAACACCACCGCCCCCGACCCACCCGCACCAUCAACAGUACCUUCAUCAUCAGCAACAUUACGGACAGCAGCAGCACCACCCCGGUCAUCUUGCGGCUUCUCAGGGUCAUCAUCAUUCGCAACAACCCUGGCUUGGCAGCGGCGGCGGAAGUCUCACGUCGUUCGCGUUGCCGUCCUCCGCUUCCAUGAGUCCCUCGGCCGCUGCUACGGCGCCUUACUCGAGCGCGGCGACCAGGUACGGCGGUUUCCUAUCCUCCUCGUCCGGCGGUCAACUUCACUACAAUCCAAACUCCUCCGGAUCAUCGUCGAACGCGUCAUCGGCGGCUGCGGGGUUUCCAGAGGUUGGGACGGACACUCCGCCCCAAACACCACCCAGCAUGAAAGUGGCCACCCCCAACGGAGUGAUCCAGGGCCCUCUUGGGGGCUACAUCCCUGGUGGCAACAACAAUAACAACAAUAACAAUAACAACAACAACAACAACACGGCGGCCCACUACCCCGGAAGUCACGGGGGCGGUUAUCUGUCGUCGAGUUCGGGAUCGGCUAGCAACGGAUUCAGUCCCAGACUGCAACACUCGCCCCACAAAGAUUUUUCGCCGUUGUCCCAAAAUUCGCUAAUUCACCAACAGACCACCGCAAGUUUGCCGCCCGCGGAGGGAACCACCACGGCCUUCAAGCCCUUCUACAAGGGUGAUUCUUAUUUUUUCAGAUCGCAGUCGAUGGGCAGCGGUUUCGUUUCGCCGGUUUGAAUCAGCCCCGACAUUCGACGGACGGGGAGUUUGAGCGUCCCAAGAGAAUUCUGGUUACUCUCAACUAUCGUCGCGGAUUAACACGACGAUCGUUCGAAUAUCGUUAAUCGUGCAGAAGAUACGAGAGAGAGAGAGAAAAUUCACUUCGAGGAUUCUACCGGAUAUAACGAUCCCCCCCCAUUCCGGACGUAAGCUCAUACGAAAUCCCCUGUCCCGCUCGAUCUCCCUUCCCCGAAUAUUGACAACGACGACGAUUGAAAAGAAAAAGCAAAGAAACAAUUAAAUAAAAAAUUAAGGAAGCAAUUACGAAGAAAAAUCUACACCACGCAUGGGCAAUGUGCAUUAAACGAAAAAAAAACAAAAAAAUAUAUAUAUAUAUAAAUAGCGCGUCAGAUAGCGCAUAGACGAAAAUAAAAGAAGAAAAUAUUAUAUCGACGGGUGGGUCUCUCCUUGAGCAGAUUCUCUCCUUGCUCGUUACCCCCUGUGUAUCCCUGACAUCCAGGCUUCGAAUUUUAUUGUUUUAAUAAAUUUUGUUCUCUCAGAUUUUUUUUUUUUUCUAUCCCUUUUCGUUUCGUUAACGGUUCAGAAAUUUUUUCAACACACCGAUACCCCGACUUCCCUUGUAACUCUGACCUACCCCAUCAGCGACGACGUCGGACGUCUCAACCGAUCGGGACGCCUCCGGUCGAUCCGCUGUUUUUUAUCAAUAAAUCUGAUAUAAAACGAGACGAAUAAAAGCAAAUAAAAUUCUCUACAGAUUUUUUCUCUACCAUCGCCGAUUUCGGUUUUUUUCCUCUAUCUCUCUCUUUCAUAUGUGUAUAUAAUUUAUGUAUCGUGUUGGAAACAUACGGACAUACAUACGGUACAUCGUUUUCCCCGACGACCUUUUUCAGUUGCCUUUUAAACAACACGUACGCACAUCAUCGUCAUUCUCAUCGAUAUCACGGAAUAUUGCAUAGGUACGGGUGUGUCAUUUUCUGAAAAAAAAAAACAAAAAAAAAAACAAUACAUAUGUAUAUGAAAAUCAAUAUCAUCCCUUUGCUAGUUUUUACAACUUCACAUGGUUAUAUAAUUAAUACCUACAUCGAAACAAGAUUUGAUAAUAAAUUCACAAUUAACCGUCGGUAAAAAAAUUCAUAAAAUAUUCAUAAUAUUAACAAUAAUUGACGAGUUGAUCAAUUAUCAUUAUUAAUAUUAUUAUUAUUACUAUUGCUAUUAUUAUUAUUAUUAUUAUCAUUAUAAUUAGUAAUAAUCUUAUUAUGAUUUUUGUUAUUUUAUCAUUAUUGUUACUACCAUAGCCACGACGAAAUCAUGAAUAAUAAUUAUACAUGAAUAUAUAUGUAUAUACAUAUAUAUAUAUUUACAAUAUGACUAAUUACACGUAAUAAAUAAUGAAAAAAACUAUAAAAAUUGAAAUUAAAAAAAAAAAUUAUAAAUUAAUGAGAUAAAUAAACGUAUUAAAUUGUACAUAGAAUAUCGCAGUGUACCUACACUAUAUUAUAUAUAGAGGCAGUUGUACCCGUACAUUGAAAUAGGUAUAUAUAUAUAUAUGUAUAAUUAUACAAAAAACCCUAUACGCCACUUAAUUAUUAUGUGAAAUUAUAAUGUAUAUAUAUUAUUGAAAAAAAAAUAAUACUAAUAAUGAAUAAAGUAUAAAUAUAUUGUAUAUGUUUUAUGAUCAAGAGACGUAUAUGAAAAAAAAAUAUAUAACCGCUUUCCUAUGUACAUAAUUUGCAUGUGUCUACCUACGCAUAUGAUAUACCUAUAAUUUUUUAAUUAUACGCAAGCGGGAUCGUAUUUUUGAUUGGUUCGUUUUUUGGAUUUUUUUUUUUUUUUUCGAAUUUUUCUCUUUCUACCUCAUUACUCGCCCGUGAUUUCGCCGGGUAUAAGUUUUUUAUAUGCGGUAGGUACGUCCGAUCGUGAGGCACGCAUGGAAAUCUGGAGUUGGAUUAUUUAACUCAGAAAUUAAUCGAGAGAAGAGUUUUUUUUAUUCCCUCCCAAUCCGAUCAAACGCUCCCUCCCGACGAUUUGUAUUCCUCUUUCUGACGAACCGCAGACAUUUCUGGGCUACAAGAUUUUCGAAAAUGCUAAAAAUUGUUACUCUGCUUCAUCAUCGCUCUUGUCAGACUAGAAAGGAGCUUGGAGAAGAAGAAUAAAAAAUUACAAGUUGACAAAAAAUUCAGAUCAAGGCAUAAAAAAAGAGAAAAAGAAAAUGUCAAAAAAGAGGAAAUAAAUCGUACACGGUUUUUUGAAGACACUAACGACAUUUGUCAGCAUCUGUGAUAACGAGGGAUAAUUGGG